GGGAUCGUUACCGGACGGACCGGAAGCAGCUGCGGGCAGUUGGACUGGCCGAGAUGGCCCUGACCAUCCGCACUGAUCUCGGAGACAUCAAGAUCGAGCUGUUCUGUGAGCGGGCGCCCCGCUCCUGCGAGAACUUCCUGGCCUUGUGUGCCAGUGAUUACUACAAUGGAUGCAUUUUCCAUCGCAAUAUCAAAGGCUUUAUUGUACAGACCGGAGACCCCACAGGCACAGGCAAAGGAGGAUCCAGCAUCUGGGGCAGGAAGUUUGAAGAUGAGAUCAGUGAACACCUCAAGCACAACGUUCGAGGAGUGGUUUCCAUGGCCAACAAUGGUCCCAACACCAAUGCCUCUCAGUUUUUCUUCACAUAUGGGAAACAGCCUCACCUGGACAUGAAGUACACAGUGUUUGGCAAGGUGAUCGAUGGGCUGGAAACACUGGAUGAGCUGGAGAAGCUUCCUGUAAAUGAGAAGACGUUUCGUCCUCUGACUGACGUACGCAUCAAAGACAUUGUUAUUCACGCCAACCCUCUGGCAUUCUGAUCUCUGGCUGGGCCAGCAGGCUGGAGCUGAGCAGGAUGGUGGGGCUGCCUCAGAGGAGAGUGAACGUUGGGUCAGAGAUACUGGUGCCAACCAUGAUUCGCCAACAGACCUCCAUCUUCAAACAGAUCUGCAUGGACUGGGGACAGUGGGGAUGCUGGGCAGUUAUAUCAAUCCUCGUCCUCUCUUGAUCUCCCUCUAUUCCUUUUUCCUUCUGUUCUCUCCCCUUUGCUACUUUUUUUUUCUCUGUCUUGUAGCCUUUCCCUCUUGACAUACCUGGGGGUGUUUGGGUUCACCCAGGUUCUGGGAAAGAAAAGUGGAGUUGCUUGUCUGUUCAAGCUGAAGGCAAAAUUCCAUUGGCAGCAAGAAAAGGCAUUCUGUGCCAGCUGCAUUCGGUGCCAGCUGCUGACUGCGAGGUCUUCCCUCCUUAAGCCAGUUUUCGGUUUCAUCGUCGGGUAUGUGCUGCUCUGUGGGGCUCAAGUGAAAAUUACUAACAUGAAACAUGAGGCCUUCUCACGGGUGUUGGCUGAGCUUUAAUAUGGCCUUGUGUUGCCCUGGAAUCAGAGAAUGACGUGAAGAUUAUAGGUGUGCCCCUGUCUGUCUUGCAUGCCUCUCCCUGUGCCAACCGGCCCCUCCUCCCGACCUUAACACAACGCAGAGCAGGGUUUGAAAAGCCUUGGUGGAACAUCAACAUUUUAUGGCCCUUGUGUAAAAGCAUUGAGCAUUCACACAAAGUGCUUUUAAUUUUAAGCACAGCAGCUGGUCUCAAAACUGCUGUCAGUUAGACAGAUUGUUUUAAUAUGUAAAUUGAAAUAAACCUUGUU